AUGAUCGCCCGCGCUAUCGGUCCCGGUGCGGAGAGCCAUGCAGCUUUGCCUCCAAGUGGUCCGUUUGGCAUAUCCAGCCAGCUGCGGUGCGGUGCUGGCUGCAUCUGCCAGUUGCGCAUUUGCAUUUGCGUUUGCGUUUGCCCCCUCCCCCUCCUCAAACUGCCCACCCCCACGAAGCGCCCCGAGCCGGGGGUUUGGUUUGGUUUGAUCUGGUCUGGUUUGAUCUGGUCUGAUCUGAUCCGAUCCGAUCACAAUCCCGCAACGGUCGAGUCGAAUUCCAAGAUCAUGCAAAACGCAAACCGGGCAAAAAGGCAAGAAAAGAAGCAACAGGCAAGCAACGCAGCGCAUCAUAUCACAUCGCGUCACAUCGCAUCGCUUCGCAUCCCUAUGGGCCUGGGCUGGGCUGAGAUGAAUGCCACUGACACAACAAGUGUGGCGCAGCAACGUACUUCCAGUUCAUUCAGACGAUUCAGCAAAAAGGACAAGCGGCCUUGGUCAGAAAUGAAGCAGAAAAUGACAGGGCAGGGCAAGGCAGGACAGGACAAGACAACUGAUCUGCAAACACCGGCUCCCCCCGACCCAGCCAGCCCCGCACGCCUCCCCCUAUCACCCGGCCCUAUGGCAGGGCUCGAUGGGCGAAAAGCCGUGAUGACGAUGCACGAUGCCCGAUCGCGCAGGUGUGCUCGGCCAUUUCUCAUUCCCCGGACCGGAGGAGAGUGGGAUGGGGCGUAA